CGCAACUUUCCUGAGCGCCUGGCCGCAGGAACGGGGCACCGAGGUCCACCCUGGCCCCAGCGGCGCCGUGAGCGCGGGCGGCCGCGGUUCGGCGAAGGACCCGGACAGCUGCGGGCGGGAGAGCGGUCCCGCCAGCCGCCAUCUAAGGCUGUCAGAGAUGACGCUGGUUCUGUCCAUGAAUAGAUUCUGCGAGCCCAUUGUCUCAGAAGGAGCUGCGGAAAUUGCCGGGUACCAAACGCUAUGGGAGGCUGACAGCUACAGAGGUGCAAGCCCCCCAGGGCCAGCACAGCUUCCUUUGCAGGGAGACCGGGGAGCCAGCCCACAACUGGCAGGAUCACAUUACAGGGGAAUUCCAAAUCCUAUAAGCACAUCCAAGGUCACAUACUUCAAGAGGAAGUAUACAGAAGAAGAGGAUCUUCACCCAACACUCAGCAGCUGCAGCCGUAAAACUAUUUCCGUUUUUGAGGAGCGGGCACACAUCCUUUACAUGUCCUUGGAGAAGCUCAGGUUCAUCGAUGACCCAGAGGUGUACCUGCGGAGAUCUGUUCUUAUCAACAACCUUAUGAAGCGGAUCCAUGGGGAGAUUCUCAUGCAGAACAGCUGGUGCCUCCCUGCCUGCUCCCUCAGUGGGGCCUCUGCCCAAGAGUGGUUCCUGGCUCAAGACUGUCCUUACCGCAAACGGCCCCGGGUGGCCAAAGAGGAGUGGGAAAAGUUCCACACUUGCUGUUUUUACCAGGAGUGUGGCAAUCACUGCCUGAAUCUGCCCCUUUCUGUCAAUGCUGGUGUUGAAAGCACUUCAGGUGCUGCCACUACCACAUUGGCCUCCUCCCCUUCCUCCUCUUCUUCCUCACCCACCUCCUCGCCAUCCUCCUCUUCCCCUCUGCCACUGCCUAGCUGUUCCCACCAUGUAGACUUUGAUAUAGGCAGUGCACCUGUUUACAAGGGCGAUGGCCAGAUACCUGCCAAUGAAAUUUUUGUCACUAGCAUUAGGUCACUUGGUGUCCAGGAAAAGGCCAAAUUCAACGAUGGGAAAGUAAGUCGUGAUACCAGCAGAGACAUUGACGGCCAAGAACCUCUGGGAAAUGACCUUGAUUUUGAGUGCAAAGGCCAAUUUUAUGAUUAUUUUGAGACUGGAUAUAAUGAGAAAAACCACAUGAGUGAGUCCUGGAAAAAGUCUUUGAGGAAAAAGGAGCUCUACCCAAGCAAUAAACUGUGCUGCAGCAAAGGGAGUAAAAUGUGACUGUGCUCCCCACCAGCCCAUGGAAGCACGAGCAGCAUGACCAGUUUUCUUUUGAAUGAUUUUGUAGUUUUGUACAACUGAUAAAAUUAUGCAGUGAACACGCCAUGUUGUUUCGCUGCCUGGAGAGUAGAUUGCACAGAACAUCUGUAUAAGAGGCAUCCACAAGCCAAUUAUUAAUGUGAUUCUGCCAAGGAAAGCCAGCUUCAUGUUUGAAAGUAUAUCUUAGUUUUCUUUAAAAAAAAAAAAAAAAAAUUGGUAGAUUAGGUUGAGGACAACGUGCCCUUGUUAUAUUCCCACUG